AUGUCUCCUGGCAUCAAGUCUCGGGAGCAUGUGGACAUGGUGUACAUCUCCAUUGAGACAGCUAUUGCCCUGGCCUCUGUGCUGGGGAAUGUGCUGGUGGUGAUGGUGGUGUGUGUGAACCGGGCUCUCCGCAACACCACCUUCUGCUUCAUCGUGUCUCUGGCUGUGGCUGACAUCGCUGUGGGAGUAUUGGUCAUUCCUCUGGCUAUUAUCAUCAGUCUGGAAUUUAACACUCAGUUCUACACCUGCCUCUUCCUCUCCUGCCUGCUGCUCAUCAUCACCCAGAGCUCCAUCCUUUCCCUGCUGGCUAUCGCCAUUGACCGAUAUCUGCGAGUCAAGAUUCCCACCAGGUACAGCAUCAUAGUGACCCAGGGGAGGGCAUAUGUGGCAGUUUGUCUGUGUUGGAUCCUCUCCUUCCUCACUGGAUUGGUUCCAAUGAUUGGCUGGAAUAACCGUGAUGCCCGAGGAAAUCUCAGCACUUCCAGCGAGAUUGUCUGCGAAUUUACCACUGUCAUGAGGAUGGACUACAUGGUAUACUUCAAUUUCUUUGGCUGGGUGGUGGUUCCGCUGACCAUAAUGAUUGCUCUGUAUGCAGAGAUCUUUAGGGUGAUCCGGCGGCAGCUUAACCGACGUGCUGAGGCCACUUCUGACGGAGAAAGGUACUAUCGGAAGGAGCUGAAGCUGGCCAAAUCACUGGCCUUGGUGGUCUUCCUCUUUGCUGUGUGUUGGCUGCCGAUACACAUUAUGAACUGCAUUGACUUCUUCUGCCCAAAGUGUUAUAUACCCAAGUUUGCCACAUAUGUAGGAAUUUUCAUGUCCCACGUAAACUCAGCCCUCAACCCAAUGGUUUAUGCAUUCAGGAUAAAGCGGUUCCAUGUCACGCUGGUCCAGAUCACUCGCCGUUGCAUGUUAUGUAAACGCACAGAGCCCACCCCAUGCCCCACUAGCACACCAGCCCUUACGGAGAAAGUGGAUGGAAACCUGUAA